AUGGCUACUAAGAUACAACUACAAGAGAAACCUGGCCCAACGACAGCCAGUGCAGCAUUUCGCAAACUGACAAACCAGGGAUCGUCUCUCACGAAGAAAGAUGGCACAACCUCUCGAAUCACCGAACAACUGCUACAUUCGGCACCAAAAUCGCCUAAGAAACGCAAAGCCAGUGCAGACAUUCAUUCUGACUUCACAGACAAGGAAGCUUCUUUUGAUCAUGCACAAUCUAACGAGUCGACGGUUCUGCAUAAAAAGCAGAAAGGAGGAAUUGACAAGAAAUCAGGAAUAAGUAUUGCCAAGGUGAAAAACCUUCCACCAUCAACGCCAUUGAGCAAACUUUACGGCACCUUCGUUUUCCUCAAGGUUGGAGAUCGUGACCCAUACGCUAUACACAAAGGUCUACUCACUGAAUACUCGCCCUACUUCAAAGCGGCAUUCACCAGGGGAUUCGUUGAAACGCAAUCGAUGCACCUCUCACUCCACGACGAAUCUCCCGACGUUUUCGACCUCGUAUAUCAAUGGUUCUACACGGGUUUGCUCACCUGCCCCGGGUCCGCCAAUACCGAAGACGAAGGGAAAGAUGUCAAAUGCUACGUCGACUUGGCGGCACAGGUCUGGCUCUUCGCCGAUCGAUACAACAUCCCCCUACUAGCGAACAAGGCGGUCGAUUGCAUCAUAGACCGCUACAUGGAACAUUUCGAAAUCUGCACCAAUGUCGAGCAUGUAUGGGAGAAUACGUCCGCGGGCUCACGUCUGAGAAGACUGAUCAUCGAUACUUACGUCAAGAUCCCUCAUGCCAUGGGCGUGGUGUACGACACUUUCGCGAACGAGAUGGUUGAAUGCCCAGAGUUCUUGGUAGAUAUUCUCAAGGGCGUCACGAGGCGAUUGCAAGACCAGAUGAAUCCGGAUGAAGGGGAUGACUUCGGGAGUAAUUCGAGGUCAGCCGAGUUCAUCGCCUUUUCCUUCUAG